UUGUGUAAAAAGUAAGAAGUGAAGUGAUAUGUUUUCUGUUUUCCGUGUCAAGAAGAUGGUUGCUGAUUUUAAUUUUAAGCUGCUAGGUCGAAGAAAGUGAUGUUUACAAUUGUAAUUACAUAGGUUUUAGGCAUACAAUGUUAAAGCUCUCCUAUUUGUAUGUUUAGUUUGUCCGAACAUUAUACUUCCUGAUAUUUUGAACUAGGCCUUCAAGAAAAGCCAAUGUAGGACACCUACAUUUCUUUUGAAGUGGUUGACGUUGCCGUUAACCUGGACCAUAUCAACAUCACAUGUUAAUAUCGUAUAAAAACGUACCAAAAAUGAAGAAAAUAUUUUCUAAAUUUGAAACUAAAAUUGACAACACCCCCAAGGAACCCAAUAGCUUUGUAGGGAAGGCCUUUACUGUAGGGAGGAUUACAGUGACAGUUGAAGAUGUAAUUGCAGAAGGUGGGUUUGCUGUAGUGUUUCUAGUCAAAGGCAACAACAAGAGAUAUGCAUUGAAGCGAAUGUAUGUGAAUAACGAACAUGAUCUAAGCAUCGCCAAGAGAGAAAUACAGAUUGCUAGCAACCUAAGCGGUCACAAGAACAUCAUCGGAUAUGUGGACUCUAGCAUCACACCUACAGCCAACGGUGUGUACGAGGUGCUGCUGCUCAUGCCUUACUGUCGGACUCACGUUCUGCAGAUGAUGAAUACCAAGUUGCAGUCAGGCUUCACAGAAGCAGAAGUGUUACAGAUAUUUUGUGACGUUUGUGAAGCUGUGUCAAGACUGCAUCAUUGUCAGACUCCUAUCAUACAUCGAGAUCUAAAGGUAGAGAAUAUCCUGGUGAGUGAGACAGGCAGUUACGUAUUGUGUGACUUCGGCUCAGCCACUGGUAAGGUGCUCAACGCCUGCGCGACAGGUCAGAGCGCGCCUGCCGCAGCCGCAGUGCAGGAGGAGAUACAGAAGUAUACAACGCUCAGCUACCGAGCACCUGAGAUGGUGGAUUUGUAUUCCGGCAAGCCCAUCACGACCAAAGCCGACGUCUGGGCUUUAGGCUGUUUACUGUACAAACUGUGCUUUUUCUCAUUGCCCUUUGGAGAAAGCACCCUGGCUAUUCAAAGUGGAGCCUUCACUAUCCCGGAUAACUCCAAGUUUUCACGUGGAAUGCAUUGCCUUAUAAGAUAUAUGUUGGAACCGGAUCCAGAAAAAAGGCCUGACAUCUUCCAAGUCUCCUACAUUGCCUUCACAUUGCAAGGGAAAGAAUGUCCUGUUCAAAAUUUAUAUAAAGUGCCAGUGCCAUCAAUAGACCAGCUGGUCUGUCCUCCGUUUGAAAGUGAAGCAUCCAAAAGACAGCCUGUCAAGCCAGCCUCCAAGACACCCUUGCCUACCACCGCCAUGAUUGAGGGCACUAGCGUCACCCCUAGACAGCGCCCCAAGAGAACCAAUGCUGUUCCCGGGAGUAUUCCUCCCCCUCUGGUCGGGGCUUCCCCUACUCCGCCUGCACCGCCAGUCUCCGCCAAGCUGCCCGAGCCCCCACCACCCCCUGCCAGGCUCAACAGCGCUGACUCUGCCGAGGCUUUGUUCCCACCUUCAGGAUAUCCAGAUCCGUUCCGAGAAGAGGAGGGGAUGAAGAGGUCUCCUCCGACACAGUCUGUGUCUCAGUGUCCAAUAGCAGGGGAACACUCUCCCUCCACUUCCCCCUCUGGUCAUCAUCCCUCCCAUCGGAGGAACGUCAGCGACACCUCCGCGUUCAACAAAGUGUUUGCAGAUGAGACUAGUCAGUUUCUGGCUCCGUACGACUCAACAGUCAAGACACAGUCUGGUACCAGCUCUCCUCCCGAGACCAACAUGACUGUCACUCAUAACAUCUCAACCUCACAUAGCGAGUUGCCGGUGGGUGCCGCAGUCGCACCAGAAGGGAGGUCGCUGUCCGCAGCUGGACCGGUCGGUUGGAACCCCUUCGAAGAACCUCCCUUCAGCCAAGUGGCCGAUGACCCUGCCUUCAGCCAGAUGACAGAAGAUCACAUCUUCGGUGCCGAGUUUGAUAGGAUCAAAAGAGGAUCUCAAACAAGUAUUUCCAAUGUGAAGAGUAGAGAAAGUUUGGUAAUGGCCGUGUCUAAUAGUGAAGACCCGUUCAGUUCUGCUCCUUUUACAUUACCUGUGUCUCGUCAGAACUCGAAGUCCGGCAAAUCCUCUUCAGCAUCCGUCGUAGAGUUAAAGAAGAGUCAAGCCGAGGAAUGGCGCAGUUAUCUCUCGACCAACGGGCUCUGCAUCAAACCGACGCCAUCCCCUAAAGAAGAAGAAGUUGACCCACCCCUAUCUUCGUCUCCUCCUUUCGUACGAGCCCCGCUAGAGGACCGGUCAAAAUAUGAGAAACUCACAUUCAACGUCGACGACAUUUCAUCGGACGACAGUGAUGACAAUCUAAGAGAGGGAAAGAAGAGUGAUAUAUUGAGGAACGCAAAAUUUGGCCGAAGAAAGAAGCCUGGUGUGAAAGGGCGGACAAAAAUUUCCAAGAAAAGAAAGAACAGUAAACAACCAGGAGAGGUGAGUGGGGAGGUUUCAGACGAUUCUAUUGGAUCAGCGAGUGACUUGAGAGCGCGAGAAGAGGAAGAAGAAGAAGAGAAAGGGACAGGGGAGACGGAAACAAUAAAUGAUAGUGUGAUGACUUGUGGAUCCUCAGCCUACCACGCAGAGACUGAGAGCAUGGCGUUGGAAGAAACAAUCAACAAAUGUCCGAGAGUGCCAGAAGUGCCUGAGACGGAGGGGGAGACGGACAUGUUGUUUGUAGGUCAUUCCUACGGGGAGAAACCUCUCCUAGCAGAUGACGAGUUGGACACUGAGGACGAAAAUCCACCGUCUCCACCAUUACUAAUAAAAAUUGAAGAAGAAACACCUUCCAAAGACGUCUUUGCUCUAGCUCCAUUUCAAAAGCCAGAUUCCAAGAAAAAAACUCAGAGAGAAGUGAACAUCACUCCUGAUUCGCUGCUGCAAUUGUCAACGCCUUCUCCUCCUCUUCUAGUCGCAAUAUCUCCUGUGGUCGCCGAAGGAUCACUGGUGGACCUCAGUGAUGAUAGUAACGACACUAAUCACGAUGUAAGAGAUUCCGGAUUCAAUACUUUUACUGGAGAUUACGACUCUAGUAAAACUUUUCCUAUAUUUCCUCAGGACAUUGUCCCCGCUGAAAGUAUCAUCAACGACGAUAAAGACUUAUUCGGGUCUUCUCCGUUUACCAAACACAGCAGCAACCCGUUUGCAGACGGUGAGAUCGUUUCGACCAAUAACGGUUUGUACCACAAAACGUCGAUUAUUAUCGGCGGGUCUGACAGGAAGGCAAGCUUCUCUGAGGAACAGAACAGAGAUCCUUUCCCUAAGAUUAAUAAUCUGUUUGUCUCAACAGUUCCUACUAGUUCUAAUAAAGAUCUGUUCGGUUCAUUACCUUUCAAUCACUUACCAAAGACAGCUCAGGAUACACAGUACUUUCCACACAGGCCGACCUCUUUGUCCGUGAAUGUAGAAAGUUUAUCCAAAGAAAUUUCCAACAAUCUUUCGCAGAGGAUUGAAGAGUUAGGUCUUGAAGCACCUCCUGACACAUCGUCCCCGGAAGCGCUAAUGCUUCCUGAGGCGGCUGAAGAAACCAACUUGAAAACAAAGAAAGAUCACCUAAUUCAUAGCCUAUCGGAAAAGUGUAAAUACCACUUGAUAGAAGAACCGCGAAAGUCGCCACUCCAGGGGAAGCACAAGAUUAUAAAAUCUUCUGUUUCUAAGAAAACUGGUAAAAUCUCAAAGAAAAUCAGUAAAAUAUCCAAAACAGGGUUUAGCAACAUGAGUUUCGAGGAUUUUCCGAGUGACGAUGUAGAGGAAGGAGUCGAUCACUCGAGCUCAGUACCUUUUGAAGUCUUGAGGGAUGAAAAGCCUGUUGAAACCGAUCGUAGGCACGGUUCUCUAAAAACACGGAACAAUCCGUUCUCUUGAGGGCCGAAGGCGCGAGCCACCUCAAACUACCAGGUGCUACACGCUUGUAAGUGAUUAUUGACAUUCCUUUCUCAAACUUCACCUGUUACUUGACAACUCUCCAACCUCAACAACUCUCAGCAACAAUUUUAAAUUUUACAUAAACAUAGAUAUUUUUACAUCCGUCAUGUAAUAGAAAUAGAAAUUUCAAGACUAACAAUGCUAACAAACUAUAAAACACGUACCUAAAUAAGAUAAAACUUUGUAAAGUGUUAAAUAGCAUUUUAACCCAAUGGUUUUUCUUAUUUAAACAUUUAAUGCUUUACUUUUAGCGUCCAAUUAAAAAAGUGCUUUUAUCUUAAAUAACUAUACUUUUAAAAUUAUAUUUUAAUAAACUGUUCUCUUUUUAAAAUCCCGUAAUUAAGUGUUAAUUAGUGCUUUAACUUCUUAGUUAUAUUUAAAAGUUAUAGCUAAUUAAGUA